AUGCUGGACCCGUCGUCCAGCGAGGAGGAGUCGGAGGAGCUGGUGGAGGAGGAGAGCGGGAAGGAGCCGCUGGCGCCCGCCGCGGCGCGGCUCUCUCCCAGCCGCCCCGGCGAGGGCCCGGGCGGCGGCGGCGGUGCCGGCAGUGCCGGCGGCGGGGGGCUGCAGCCGGGCGGGCGCGGCGGCGGUGCGGCGCGGCCCGCCAGCCCCAGCCCCUCGGUGGCCAGCGAGAAGGAGAAGGAUGAGCUGGAGCGGCUGCAGCGGGAGGAGGAGGAGAGGAAGAGGAAGCUGCAGCUCUACGUCUUCGUCAUGCGCUGCAUCGCCUACCCCUUCAACGCCAAGCAGCCCACCGACAUGGCCCGCCGGCAGCAGAAGAUAAGUAAGCAGCAGCUCCAGACAAUCAAAGAUCGUUUCCAGGCCUUUCUCAAUGGAGAAACCCAGAUUGUGGCAGAUGAAGCAUUUAUAAACGCUGUCCAGAGCUACUACGAGGUAUUCCUGAAAAGUGACCGUGUUGCUAGGAUGGUGCAGAGUGGAGGGUGCUCAGCGAAUGACUCCCGGGAGGUCUUCAAGAAGCACAUCGAGAAGAGAGUGCGCAGCCUGCCAGAAAUUGAUGGCCUCAGCAAGGAGACGGUCCUGAGCUCUUGGAUGGCAAAGUUUGACGCUAUUUACCGUGGGGAAGAGGAUCCCCGCAAGCAGCAGGCCAGGAUGACAGCAAGCGCUGCCUCGGAGCUCAUCCUCAGCAAGGAGCAGCUCUACGAGAUGUUCCAGAACAUUUUGGGGAUCAAGAAAUUUGAGCAUCAGCUUCUGUACAACGCAUGUCAGCUGGACAACCCAGAUGAGCAAGCAGCACAGAUCAGACGCGAGUUAGAUGGACGUCUUCAAAUGGCAGAGCAAAUUGCCAAGGAGCGCAAGUUUCCGAAGUUUGUGUCCAAAGAAAUGGAAAACAUGUACAUCGAGGAGCUGAAGUCGUCUGUCAAUCUCCUGAUGGCAAACUUAGAGAGCAUGCCUGUGUCUAAAGGAGGCUCCGAGUUCAAGCUGCAGAAGCUGAAACGCAGUCACAACACCUCAAUAAUUGACAUGGGAGAAGAAAACGAGAACCAGCUUUCCAAGUCAGAUGUCGUGUUGUCCUUCUCCCUGGAGGUUGUCAUCAUGGAGGUUCAGGGUCUGAAGUCACUGGCCCCCAACCGCAUUGUGUACUGCACCAUGGAAGUCGAAGGUGGGGAGAAACUGCAGACUGACCAGGCUGAAGCCUCAAAGCCAACCUGGGGCACCCAAGGAGACUUCACAACAACACACGCGCUUCCUGCAGUGAAGGUGAAGCUGUUCACGGAGAGCACAGGAGUGCUGGCUCUGGAGGACAAAGAGCUUGGGAGGGUUGUUCUCCACCCUACUCCCAACAGCCCAAAGCAAUCAGAGUGGCACAAAAUGACUGUUUCCAAAAACUGCCCGGACCAAGACCUGAAGAUCAAGCUUGCCGUGCGAAUGGAUAAGCCUCAAAACAUGAAGCACUCCGGGUAUUUAUGGGCCAUUGGUAAAAAUGUUUGGAAGAGAUGGAAAAAACGAUUCUUUGUCCUGGUCCAGGUUAGUCAAUAUACGUUUGCUAUGUGCAGCUACCGGGAGAAAAAAGCUGAACCUCAAGAGCUGCUGCAGCUCGACGGAUACACUGUGGACUACACUGACCCGCAGCCAGGUUUGGAAGGCGGCAGAGCAUUCUUCAACGCUGUGAAGGAAGGAGACACAGUGAUUUUUGCAAGUGACGAUGAGCAGGACCGUAUCCUGUGGGUCCAAGCCAUGUACCGAGCCACCGGCCAGUCUCACAAACCUGUGCCACCUACCCAAGUGCAAAAGCUAAAUGCUAAAGGAGGAAAUGUACCCCAGCUAGACGCCCCAAUCUCGGGACGUGAUGCAGAUAGAGCUCAAAAGCAUGGCAUGGAUGAAUUUAUCUCUUCCAAUCCCUGUAACUUUGACCACGCUUCACUCUUUGAGAUGGUUCAGCGCCUCACUUUGGACCACAGACUUAAUGAUUCCUAUUCUUGUCUGGGCUGGUUUAGUCCUGGCCAGGUCUUUGUGCUAGAUGAGUAUUGUGCACGUAAUGGAGUGAGAGGCUGUCACAGACAUCUCUGCUACCUCAGAGAUUUGCUAGAGCGCGCAGAAAACGGAGCUAUGAUUGACCCCACCUUACUUCACUACAGCUUUGCCUUUUGUGCAUCACAUGUUCAUGGCAACAGGCCUGACGGGAUAGGAACUGUGACUGUGGACGAGAAAGAGCGUUUCGAAGAGAUCAAGGAGCGGCUUCGUUUGCUUCUGGAGAAUCAGAUCACGCAUUUUAGGUACUGCUUUCCAUUUGGCCGUCCAGAAGGUGCACUAAAAGCCACUCUAUCGCUGCUGGAAAGGGUUCUGAUGAAAGACAUAGUUACUCCGGUCCCUCAAGAGGAGGUAAAAACAGUCAUCCGUAAAUGCUUGGAGCAAGCAGCUCUAGUCAAUUAUACUCGACUAUCAGAGUAUGCCAAAAUUGAAGGUCCUGUUUCUUGUACUACAGAAAAUGUAGGCCGGUUAGUCACACCAGCUAAAAAGUUAGAAGAUACAAUACGUCUGGCAGAGUUGGUAAUCGAAGUCCUACAGCAAAACGAAGAACACCAUGCGGAGGGGAAAGAGGCCUUUGCUUGGUGGUCAGACUUAAUGGUUGAGCAUGCGGAGACCUUCCUGUCACUGUUUGCAGUGGAUAUGGAUGCUGCGUUAGAGGUGCAACCCCCAGACACCUGGGACAGCUUUCCGCUCUUUCAGCUUCUAAACGAUUCCCUCCGUAGUGACUAUAAUUUGUGCAAUGGAAAAUUCCACAAACACCUCCAAGACCUGUUUGCUCCACUUGUUGUUAGAUAUGUCGAUCUGAUGGAGUCCUCAAUUGCACAGUCAAUUCACAGGGGCUUUGAGCGGGAGUCAUGGGAGCCAGUAAAUAAUCUGCCCAAUGUGAAUCUACCAAAUGUGAAUCUCCCUAAAGUACCAAAUCUACCAGUUAACAUCCCACUAGGCAUCCCACAAAUGCCUAGCUUUUCUGCACCGUCAUGGAUGGCUGCUAUUUAUGAUUCUGACAAUGGAUCAGGCACCUCUGAAGAUCUGUUCUGGAAACUCGAUGCCCUACAGACUUUCAUUCGGGAUUUGCACUGGCCUGAGGAGGAAUUUGGAAAACACUUAGAGCAACGCUUGAAGCUUAUGGCGAGUGACAUGAUUGAGUCCUGCGUGAAAAGAACCAGGAUUGCAUUUGAAGUAAAGCUGCAGAAAACCAGCCGAUCAACAGAUUUCCGAGUCCCUCAAUCAAUAUGCACCAUGUUUAAUGUCAUGGUGGAUGCCAAAGCUCAGUCAACAAAGCUUUGCAGUAUGGAAAUGGGCCAAGAGUUUGCUAGAGAGUGGCACCAGUACCAUUCAAAAAUAGAUGAACUAAUUGAGGAAACCGUCAAAGAAAUGAUAACACUCCUGGUGGCAAAGUUUGUCACCAUUUUGGAAGGAGUCUUGGCCAAACUGUCUAGAUACGAUGAAGGAACUUUGUUUUCUUCUUUCCUGUCAUUUACUGUGAAGGCUGCUUCCAAAUACGUGGAUGUACCCAAGCCGGGGAUGGAUGUUGCUGAUGCCUAUGUGACAUUUGUCCGCCACUCUCAGGAUGUCCUUCGUGAUAAGGUCAAUGAGGAGAUGUAUAUAGAAAGGUUAUUUGAUCAAUGGUACACCAGCUCGAUGAAUGUUGUCUGCACCUGGCUGACAGACCGCAUGGACCUGCAGCUUCACAUUUACCAACUGAAAACUCUCAUUAGGAUAGUAAAGAAAACGUACCGGGAUUUCCGAUUGCAAGGCGUGCUGGACUCCACCUUAAACAGCAAAACCUACGAGACCAUCCGGAACCGGCUGACGGUAGAGGAGGCCACGGCAUCGGUCAGCGAAGGCGGAGGGCUCCAGGGGAUCACCAUGAAGGACAGCGAUGAGGAAGACGAAGAGGACGACUAGGGAAGCUGGCCCGGAGGACCGGCUGGGGGUCGCCUGGUAUCCGUGCAUGUACC